AAAACCAAACGACAAAAUAUAUCGCAAAUAAGUUUACUGUAUGACAACUCAUUUGCUUCAUUUGGUUUGAGAAAACCGGCUUUGCAACACGCAAGUCGUUUAUUUACACUGAAUUUUAUAAACAGUGAUUUAUUUUGAGUGUUUGCUAAAGAUAUUUUUAAAAUAAAAUGUUGUGGUUUGUGCUACUAUGAUAACCUUUUGUGUCGAGUGACUUUGAAUUGAACAUUUGUUGUUGUCUUGGAUUGACUUCAAGUUUAGCAGAUAUGGCUGCCUACAGAGCUGCUCUAGUCGCGUUAUCAAUGUUGGCUAUCGUUGAAGCAAAACCAAAAUGCAAAACGUUUGCAGAUAACGUAGUCUGCACAGCCGGGACCUCAGAUUAUGAACUUGUAAGAGGCCUUGUGUCCGAUAAUAACAAAACAACAGGAAUAACUCUAAGAGACUGUAGAAUAACUGACGUUGAAUACGAGUCGUUCAAUGAUCUUAAUUCGUUGACGUACCUGGACUUAUCUAUGAACAAGAUACGGAGGUUAAAACUUGGUGUUAUAGAUGAACCUAAGAAGUUAACGUACUUAAAUCUCUCUUACAAUGAACUCACCGAAUUUCCUCUGGGACUUUUUGACCAAAUUAAGAAUCUAGACCUUAUAGAUUUGAAAGGAAACAAAAUUAACAAACUCGAAUUGGGAAUAUUCGAUACUCUACCCAAGUUGAAGUUUGUAGACUUGUCAAGCAAUGCUUUUGUAGGCAAAGAUUUUAAUCCUUACAUAUUUGACCAGAGCCCACAUAUUACAUUUAUGGAUUUUUCAAGAAACAACAUGGAAGAUGCACCUGAGAAUUUACUGCAUGCAUUUCAAUCUUUAGAAACUUUGAACUUGGACAGAUGUUUUUUAAGUAAAGUUCCAGAAUUCGCAACUAAGGCCAAUUUGAGAACUAUGAAACAUUUGAUUUUAUCCACAAAUCAAAUUACUAGUCUGGAUAACGCUGCCACUUUUGUAAAUCUGGAAAACUUACAACAACUGGAUUUAACAGCGAAUAUGCUUGAGACGAUCAACCCCAACAUACUGUCGCCACUAAAACAUCUACAGAAAGUGGACUUAAAAAAUAACAAAAUUGCAGUCAUUCCAGACAACCUUUUCAAAAAUUUGCCGAAAUUGAUAACAAUAGACUUAUAUGGAAAUCAACUACAAAAUGUUCCAGUAAACGCUUUAAGAGGAAUUCCUUUGAAAAAUUUAAAUAUAGCAAACAAUAAAGUGACAUACUUACAAGAUAACUUUUGCCUCGAACUGAGAAAUUCAGGGGGAAAAAUAAAGAAAUUAUUGUUUGACCCAAAUCCAUGGCAAUGUGCUUGUCUCCACGACUUGUUGAAAGAAGUCAAAAGACUUGGAAUUGAAUACAACAGUGGUAAAUAUGAUGGGAAGCGUCCAGUUUGUGUUUCAACAUCUGAGUUUACUUGCAAACGCCAGGAAAGUGUAAAUGACUUGUAUAUUGAAAUGUUUAAUGAAGCUAAAAGUAAGUAUUUUAAACAACAGAAAAAGAAAUAAUAACGCCAUCUAUGAAACAAAGGAAGAACUAAAUAUCAGAUGGAUAUGCAUGCGGGAACAGCGACAUCUGUUGUUGUGUAAUGUAAACAUGAGUUCACUAGUUCUUAGUUUUAUCGUAGGAUGUCUCUGAUUAAGACUGAAGUUUCACAUUACGUUUUAAGUUUUAGUUAAAUUUUAUUUUGUUUUGCUCAAUCAAGGUAUUUCAAGGAAUUGAAAAAACCCUUUUUCCCAACUGAGUAGGCAUAUUUACGACUGCAUUUUGCCACAAAUGUGCUCUAUGUAAAUAAUAGUGGGCGAAAUGCCUCUAAGAAAACAUUACAGGUUGUUUAAAUUCUUUUUGAUACUUAUAAACUCAUUACAUAAAAAAACCUUUUUGUAUGAUUUUAUCUAAUUUAUGUCCUAAAGAAACUAUAGUUUUAUUAUUCCACAAAUGUUUAAAACUAAAAUAGCUACGAAUUAAUAUACUUUUAAAACUCAAUUUGGCAAAUGAACUAAUAAUCGUAAGCAAUGUUUUGCGGGCAUCAUUAUUGUUAAUCGUUUUCUAUUCUUCUAUAAACUAUAAUAGACUAAUCUUAUUUUUAUAGUUUUAAGUCAAUUUCAUAGAUUUUGAAACCACACACUUGAGAUCAGAAAAAAAUAUGCGAGACCCUUCUUGUUUAAGGGUUCUGCAGAAUUAAACAAAUAUAAAUUGUGUUAUAUAAAAAUAUUUGUGUGAACUUAUUAAUUAAGUGAAUAAGAGAAGAACUAUCAAUACGAUCAAAUUAUUAUACUGAAUAAAAACAAAGUUGUAGUCUUUGAAUUUAAAUUUUGUUUUACCAUGGCAUAUAUGUCAAUGACGACUAAAGACGUGUGACGUUAAUUUUAAUUAGGUACAAUGAUAGGUAAAAUUUCUUCUAUCGUGCAUUCGUAGCUAUUACCUAUAACAAGUAGAGUACCUAUACUCUGUGAGGUUCUUAACUUUUUACCCGACUGUAGGAAGGGUAUUGUUUUUAACGUAAUUUAUUCAUCAAACGGCAUAAUACUUAGGUACCACCACAUUAGUUCACUAGAAUCUACUUUAGUAAACUUCCUAACACGGAAGAGAUCGCUAUCAUUACGGCGGGACCCUAAAAUAUCAAAACACGUGCAAGAAAUUUAUAAAACCAACAUCUGCGAAAUCGUAUAACAAAAUUUCUUUUGAACUCUUGAUAAAAAAUACGGGGUCCGAUGUUUUUUAGCGUUUACACAUCCGAUAGAUUCGGCUAGCGUAUGUGACGGGCCUACGGUAUACGGCGUGAUGCGUUUUUCGACCCAAUGUUAUUUUAGCAAUGUUGGGUUUAGAUACAGCUAUGUAUGUGCAAAUAAGGAACUCUCGGUGGUUUCUGUUUCUGCUUACUUUCCUCCAUGAGGCAAGGGAAUAAGUUUAUGUAUGUCAACUAAUUCAUUCAUUGAUUAUGUGGGUUUGCAUGGCACGGCUAUUUACGUAACCGUACGUUAUGAUGAAAAU